UCUCUGCGAUUCCGACUUCCUUUCUGUUUUAUGCAAGCAUUAAGUGGGAGUUGGUCAGGUAUUUGACUCUCCGUACUCUUCUGCGUUCAGGGCAGCACGGCUGGGGAUUGACUGGUGAACACCCUGAAAAACUUGGCGAGGACCGAGGAGACCCAGAGCUGGCGGUCAGUGGCCUGUACCCGGCGGUAGGAAGGAAACCUGUGGACCCCGUGGCGGGAAUCUGGGACUGCGGCGUCUUUGUCAGGAUGUGAGGCCGCGUCACUACAGGUUGUCUCUGCAAUGAUCCAGUGGUGCGCUUGCCGAAGUUGUGUGUGUGGCCGCGAAAGGAGCUAUGUCCUCAGUUGUCUGGUAAAUGUAUCUUCAGAGUUGUCUACAUCUUUCCAAGAAGAGCACAGGAUGAACAAGAUUGAACAGAAAUUCCAGGAGUCAGUAUCAUUUAAGGACGUGACUGUGGGCUUUACCCAGGAAGAAUGGCAGCACCUGGACCCUAGCCAGAGGUCCCUGUAUAGGGAGGUGAUGCUGGAGAACUACAGUCACCUUGUCUCAGUGGGGUAUUGUGUGACCAAACCAGAAGUGAUCUUCAGGCUGGAGCAAGGAGAGGAGCCAUGUAUUUUGGAGGCAGAAUUCCCAAGCCAGAACUUCCCAGAACUUUGGAAAACUGAUUACCUGAAAGAGAGGAGUCAAGAAGAUUUGUGGAAAGUUGUAUUCAUCGGUAACAAAAUGCUGACUAACGAACAAGGUAAUAUGAUAGGAAGACCAUUUAACUUGGACAUAGAUUCUUUUCCUUCUGAGAAAAUACCUUGUCAAUGUGACUCAGGAGGAAAGAGUUUCAACAAUAUUUCCAAAUUGAUUAUUAGUAGGCAAAAAUACUUGAGAAAAAAGCCUGAUGAAUUUAACGCCUGUGGGAAAUUACUCCUCAAAAUUAAACAUGAGAAAACUCAUACUAGAGAAAAAUUUGAAUUUUUUAAAAAUAGGAGUACUUUCAGCCAUCAUAAGGAUCUUAUUCAUCAGGAGAAGAUUCAAACCUUAGAUCAAACUUCUCAGUAUAAUAUAUGUCAGGAAACCUUCCUCGAAAAGACAAUAUUCAACACACACAAGAGAGAGAGCACAGAAGAGAAUUACUGUGAAUAUAGUGAAUAUGGGAGAACUUUUUGUGGUAAUUCAUCUCUCUUGUUCCCUCACAUAUCUACUUCAGAGGAAAAUCACUGUGGAUUUAGUGAUUAUGAGAAAUCAUGUAGGAAGCUAACCUCUUUCAAAUACGAUGGGCUACCUGUAAAACACUGUGAAUAUAAUGAAAGUGGGAAUAACUUCAGGAGGAAAUUAUGUCUCUCACAACUUCAGAAAACUCAUAAAGGAGAGAAACACUUUGAAUGUAAUGAAUGUGGGAAAGCUUUCUGGGAGAAGUCACAUCUCAAUCGACAUCAAAGGGUACACACAGGAGAGAAACGCUUUCAGUGUAAUGAAUGUGGAAAAACUUUCUGGGAAAAGUCAAACCUCACUAAACAUCAGAGAUCCCACACAGGAGAGAAACCCUAUGAAUGCAAUAAAUGUGGGAAAGCCUUUAGUCAUAAAUCAGCCCUCACUCUACACCAGAGAACACAUACAGGGGAAAAACCCUAUCAGUGUACUGCAUGUGGGAAAACUUUUUACCAGAAGUCAGACCUCACUAAACAUCAAAGAACACACACGGGGCUGAAACCCUAUGAAUGUUUUGAAUGUGGGAAGUCCUUUUGUAUGAAUUCACACCUUAUAGUACAUCAGAGAACUCACACAGGAGAGAAACCGUUUGAAUGCCUGGAAUGUGGGAAAUCUUUUUGUCAAAAGUCACAUCUUACUCAGCAUCAGAGAACCCACAUAGGGGAUAAACCCUAUGCAUGUAAUGCUUGUGGGAAAACUUUCUAUCACAAAUCAGUACUUACCAGGCAUCAGAUAAUUCAUACAGGAUUGAAACCUUUUGAAUGUUAUGAAUGUGGGAAAAACUUCUGUUUAAAGUCAGACCUCACAGUACAUCAGAGAACUCACACAGGAGAGAAACCUUUUGCAUGUCCUGAAUGUGGCAAAUUCUUCAGCCAUAAGUCAACUCUCUCUCAACAUUAUAGAACACAUACAGGAGAGAAACCAUAUGAAUGUCAUGAAUGUGGGAAAAUUUUUUACAAUAAAUCAUACCUAACUAAACAUAAUAGAACACACACAGGGGAGAAACCCUAUGAAUGUAGUGAAUGUGGAAAAACCUUCUGCCAGAAGUCACAGCUCACUCAGCAUCAGAGAAUUCACUUAGGGGAGAAGCCUUAUGAAUGUACUGAAUGUGGGAAGGCUUUCUGUCAUAAGUCAGCUCUAAUUGUACAUCAGAGAACCCAUAUAGAAGAAAAGCCCUAUAAAUGUAAUGAAUGUGGGAAAUCUUUCUGUGUGAAGUCAGGACUUAUUUUACAUCAGAGAAAACACACAGGAGAGAAACCCUAUGAAUGUAAUGAAUGUGGGAAAUCCUUCAGUCACAAAUCAUCCCUCACAGUACAUCACAGGGCUCAUACAGGGGAGAAGUCUUGUCAGUGUAAUGAUUGUGGAAAAAUCUUUUAUCGUAAAUCAGACCUUGCUAAACAUCAGAGAUCACAUACUGGGGAAAAACCCUAUGAAUGUAAGGUAUGUGGGAAAACUUUCUCUCAAAAGUCAAACCUCAUUGUACAUCAGAGGACACACACAGGAGAAAAGUCUUAUGAAAUAAAAUGAAUAUUUGAAAUGUUUAGCCACAAAUCAGUUGAUAAUAUGGAGUAUUCACACUGCAGAAAGCUCUGUUGACAUCCUGAAUUGCAGUAACCUUCAUCCAUAAAUUGACCUUCCAGAAUAAUGAUGGAGGAUAAACCCAUAGUGUGCAACAAAUUUAGGAUGGCUUUUGUUAAGAAAUGACAUCCUAAGGUAAUGCUUAUAUAAAAACUUACAGAUUUUUUUGAAUUUUGAAAAAUUUUUUAGAAAAAGUACAAACUAGAAUUUAUAUUGAGAAAUUUAUGAAUCUGUGAUAUAUAAAGUAAAAUUUUGCUUAGAAGUAACAUAAUACAAGUUGUGUUUUA